ACAAAAUACUGGGAACACGCAAUGGCGGCCUCCGUGCUUCGGUUAGGGCGACUGACUCCUCUCAAGUGUCUCCGCCUGGACAGGUUGGGGGUCCUGAGCAGCCGUCCAGCUGCCCUGUUCAGCUCUGAGCCUGGUGAACCAGUGAAAGCAGCGAAGAAAAAGACUCCAGCCAAAAAGGCUGCAGCCGCGGCGCCUCCGGAGCCCGAGGAGCCUUUCGACAACAGCACAUACAAAAAUUACCAGCAUCACAACUACAACCCCUACACAUUCGCAGACCUGGACCUAGAGAUGGCCAAGUUUCGUCUCCCCCAGCCCUCGUCUGGAAGGCCCUCGCCCAGACACUAGAGGAGCUCCCCUCGCUCAAACAUGUUCAGGCCUCACAACGAAGCCGAUUGUCUCCCACGUCUGUUAAAAUUCUCUGUUAUUACAGUACUAUAAUAAAGAAUUUAGUCUGUG